UCGCUCGGCCGCACCCACCUGACCGUCCGUGCGUCGCCUCGCUCCCUCGAGUUUCCACCUAUUUAUCCACCGCGCCACCCUCUUGCGGCCAUCACUUGCGGUUUGCCUGCCAUUCCUCCCGUUGCCACUCGCACAAAAAACAGAGCACACACAGUUCGCAAUGGCGCGGGCUGCCGUCCUCUGCGCCGCGCUCCUCUUCCUCCUCUUGGCCACCUACUCCCUCGCGCAGUCGCCAGCGGCCGCGCCGGCCAAAGCGCCGCCCAAGUCCUCCAAGGCCACGACGGCCCCUGCAGCCACGCCCACCGCCACUCCCGCUCCACCUGCCCACGCGUCCAACCCCGCCGCCGCGCCGUCCGCCACCCCGGCCACACCCGCGCCUAAGAUCUCCCCCGCCACUUCCGCCCCGGCCGCCGCGCCAACCACGCCCGACACCCCGGCACCCGCCGCCGCGCCGGCCAAGCCGAAGGCAAAGGCACCCGCUCCUGCACCCCCCGCCAAGGCCACCUCCCCGGCGUCCCCGCCGACAAAGGCUGUGGCGCCUGCUCCAGCUGCCACUCCGCCUGCGGCGACCCCUCCCUCUGUCGAGGCACCCGCGGCCGAGCCACCUGCGCCAGUCGCCGAGGUGCCGGUCACCGCGCCGUCCCCGGUCACCAAGCCCACUGAGACCCCGGCCCCCGCGCCGGCCAAGAAGAAGAAGCCGUCGUCGUCCUCUAAGAACAAGAAGAAGAAGAAGGGCGCGUCUGCCCCUGCUCCGGCCGCGGAGGCCCCCGCCGCCAAGAGACCUAAGACCGCUGAGGCGCCCACGGCCGAGGCUCCCGGACCCAGCGGCGAUUCCGUCGCUGCCGACACCGCGAACGCUCCAGGGAGGACCACGGAGAGGACGGCGGGCGUGAUGGUGUCGGUCUUCGCUGUGGCACUGGGCGCGGCGGCUCUGCUAGCCUAAAUCCCGAGUAGUCGUGCGAUCCGAUGCGGAAUUGAUGCUGCUACUGUACUGCCCCGACUGGCCGCGCCUCCUUUUUUCGCUUUUUCCUUUGUGUAUUUUAUUUAUCGGAGGGCUGGCUGCCUUUCUUGUGUGUACUGUUUAGUAGGGCUCACAUAUUGAUUCACUUGUCCGGAUUCUCUUGCUUUAGGUCACAGAUGAUAUGAGAGAGUUGUGAGAGAGCGAAGGAGGGAAAGAGGGGACUGUUCAGAUUUAUUUAUAUAUAUAUAUAUCAUUGUUACUGCUCUUCUA